AUGGACCAGCUCGUCAGCCUCGCCAGGCGCAACAACGCGCUCGACCUCAACCCCACGGUGGCCCAGAUCGACAUCACCACCAAUGGCUCUAGCUGGCUGUGGGCCGUCUUUUCGGUCAUGGCCGCCACCGGCCUCGGCUGCAUGGUCUGGGGCAUGAAGAUGAGCCGCGGCGAGCGCACCUUCCACUACCUCAGCGCCGCCAUCCUGGCCACGGCGUCGAUUGCCUACUUUUCCAUGGCCUCGGACCUCGGCGCCACGCCGAUCCGCGUCGAGUUCCUCAACGGAGCCUUUGUCGGCGGCGACGGCCUCUACCCGACGCGCUCCAUCUGGUACGCGCGUUACAUUGACUGGACCAUCACGACGCCGCUGCUGCUCCUCGAGCUCCUCCUCGUCUCGGGACUGCCCCUCUCGACGAUUUUCGUCACCAUCUUCUUUGACCUGGUCAUGAUCAUCACGGGCCUCAUUGGCGCGCUGGUGCAGAGCCGGUACAAGUGGGGCUUCUUCACCUUUGGCUGCGUCGCCAUGUUCUACGUCUUCUGGGUCAUCUGGGUGCCCGGCCUCAAGUCGGCGAGCCACCUGGGCGCCGAGUUCAAGAAGUCGUACCUCACCUCGGCCGCCAUCCUCUGCGGCCUGUGGUUCCUCUACCCCAUCGCCUGGGGCCUGGCCGACGGCAGCAACCAGAUCUCGCCCGACGGCGAAAUGGUCUUCUACGGCGUCCUCGACCUGCUCGCCAAGCCCGUCUUUGCAAUGGUCCACCUCUUCUCGCUGCGCAAGUGCGACUACUCGUCGCUCCACCUGCGCUCGGGCAAGUUUUCGGACUACGACACCGACUUUGCCGGCCCCACGCCCCGCUCCGUCGAGGACGCAAAGCGGAUGGAGGCCCGCGGUCACCACACCGGCGUCCUGCCCAACUCGACCAACGCCCCCGCCAACACCACCACCACCGGUGCCGGCGCCACCACCACGGGCACCAACGACCCGCACGGCAUCAUCGGCCACGACAACUUCAACAACGUCAACACCAACGCCGGCAACCCGGGCAUCGAGCCCGCCCCGGCCAUGAGGCAGACCAACGCCACCCAGUAA